ACUUAUAUUUUUUGAACAUCUCUAGACCUCUCUUCACAAUAGACAAUGUGUGAAGUGUGAACGCUGUGAACAGGUAGCUCGCGUGUGGCUUGUCAUGUGCCGCUCUCCCUUUGGUAUAUAACAAGUAUUGUGUUAAUAGGUACUUUAUUAAAUUAAUAAAAUCAGUCGUGGUACAGGUAAGUACCUACAGUUCGCGACAGGGCGACAUGCCGAUUUCCUAGUGAGGUGACAUCACAUAGUACGGGGUAUUAUUCGAUAUCGAUGAAUUUUUUUGGUACGUAACAAAAUGAGAGUAAAUUCAAUACAAUCAAAAUACUACAAACAAGUUAUACUAACGUAGGUAGCUACAAACACUUGAUUUGAUCUGUAAGUGAUUUUAAAUGUUAAUGUGGACCACGUGAACUACACUUUUUUCGAUAUGCCGGUGUAAAACAUAGUAUAGGGCUGCAUCCAGUGUAUUUAAGUUUAACUAUAACAAUUAUUUUUUCCGUUCAAUGCCACAAUAUUCUAGUACUAUUCGGGCUAGUUCGCGUGUUUGAGAAUGGGUUACCUAUUAUUUUAUUAUUCUAUUUUUAUACGUGACGAACAGGCAACAGGAGUCAUAAUUUUGAAUGAUAAUAAUUUGCGUCGAUGUUGUACACGGCCUCGGUUGAGAACAACUUAUUCCUGGAAUUAACUUGCUCGAUUCGUGAUUUUAUUUUAUCACGAUUUAUAAAUCUCCAAGGCAUAGGUCACGUUUAUCUUCUUAUAAUUACUGCCAGUACGAACUUAGCUCAUUUGUAUCAUAGCCGUUUUGUGUACAAGUGUAAAAUGAAAAACCUCUAUUUUAUUUACUUUUGUUCACUACUGUUAUUCCAAGUUACAAACGGGGGGUUAGCUAAAGGUUUUUUGGGUACAAUUCAUGAUACUGCUCAUAAAGUUAAAGAUGGCAUUACUAAUGCUUUUGCCCCAAAAGAGGAUACAAAUAACAAGGGACCAUAUCCUCAUAUAAAUGACGUAAAUAUGAAUGCAAAAGAAUAUGAGCCAGUCUUUAUAUUUGCUACAUCUACUGCGACUCCAAAAGUGAAGCCAAACAUUCCUCAAGCUAAACCAACUCAAGAAAACCACUACUCAGAGGAAAUUCCGUUUGUGUUUGUGACAUCUUCGACAACUGAAGUUACUCUACAAGUAACCAAUAGUACAAAGAGUAAUUCAACAACUGAUAAUAAAGACGGAAGGGAAAACUUUGCUGGUGGUUGCUUGCCUGGAAAAAGACGAACUACAGAUGGUAGAUGCGUAGAUAAGUUUUAAACAUUACUUUGCAGUCUAUACCUAUAAUAAUUUUAAAUAUACUUAUAUAUUUUUUGA